GUUCUCACACCACCCUUUCCUUUGAGUAAGCAAAAUGGCCAGUCCUUCCCUAUCUCUCCUUCUCUUCUUCCUCUUCUCUCUUCUCUCUCCAAACCUAAUCUUCUCUUCUCCUUCUUCAUCUUCUCCAUCUGUCCAAGACCCACAUCUCGUAGCACAAGAUGUUGAAAGGAGCAUCAAUGCAUCCCGGAGGCAAUUGGGCUACCUCUCAUGUGGAACUGGCAACCCCAUCGACGACUGCUGGCGGUGCGACCCCAACUGGGAGAAGAACCGCCAGCGGCUUGCCGACUGCGGGAUUGGUUUUGGAAAGAAUGCGAUUGGUGGAAAGAACGGCAGGAUCUAUGUGGUCACAGAUUCUGGAGAUGAUGAUCCAGUGAAUCCCAAGCCCGGGACGAUCCGCCACGCCGUCAUCCAGAGCGAGCCAUUGUGGAUCAUUUUCGCCCGUGAUAUGGUCAUCCAACUCAAGGAAGAGCUGAUCAUGAACUCAUACAAGACGCUCGACGGUCGCGGAGCAAGUGUCCACAUUGCCAAUGGGCCAUGCAUCACCAUUCAAUACGUGACCAACAUCAUCAUACAUGGGCUCCACGUUCAUGAUUGUAAACAAGGUGGGAAUGCCUAUGUUAGGGACUCACCUGACCAUUAUGGGUGGAGGACCGUAUCAGAUGGAGAUGGGAUUUCCAUCUUUGGUGGUAGCCAUGUAUGGGUGGACCAUUGUUCACUCUCCAAUUGUAAUGAUGGAUUAAUAGACGCCAUCCAUGGAUCAACUGCCAUCACCUUAUCCAACAAUUUCAUGACCCACCAUGAUAAAGUCAUGCUCCUGGGCCAUAGUGAUUCCUACACACAAGACAAGAACAUGCAAGUCACAAUAGCCUUUAAUCACUUUGGUGAAGGGCUCGUACAAAGGAUGCCAAGAUGUAGACAUGGAUACUUCCAUGUGGUGAACAAUGACUACACCCACUGGGAGAUGUAUGCCAUUGGUGGAAGUGCUGCACCCACUAUCAACAGUCAAGGGAAUAGAUUUCUUGCACCCAAUCAAAGAUUCAACAAAGAGGUGACUAAACGUGAAGAGGCAUCAGAGAGUGAGUGGAAGAACUGGAAUUGGAGGUCUGAAGGGGAUUUACUGUUGAAUGGGGCCUUCUUCACACCAUCAGGCGCUGGAGCAUCAUCAAGCUAUGCAAGAGCUUCGAGCUUAGGAGCAAGGCCUUCUUCUCUGGUGGGGACGAUUACAGUGUCGUCAGGCGCACUUGCUUGCAGGAAAGGAUCACGAUGCUAGAACAUGCGGCGACAUUGAUUAAUUAAGAAGAGUGGAUUGGGUGAGAAGAUCGUCUGAUUGGUAGCUACAAAUAAGAGUAAAAGAGGAGAAAAGGAAGAUGAAAGAGAGACUGGUGAAAUGGUGGUGUAUUACAAGUAGUAUAGUAUGGUAUACUUAGUGUAGUAUCGUAUGGUAUACUUAGUUUUUUUUGUUUUAUUUUCUUUUUCUUUUUUUCUGAUGAAAUGUCUACAAAGAUUCCAACCUCUGCCUGUUGUCUGCUGAAAAUCAAUUUGGGUUCGGAUGGGAAUCCAAGUGGGGUUAGAGGCAACAAGUGUGGAAGUGUUGAUGGAAUGGGAUUCCUUUGUGAUGCCUUCAUUCACCAAGGCUUUUUUCACUUCAAUUAUCUAUUUGUUUUGGAUUUACAA